GCUAAAUCGACUGCAUCGCUUUGCUUUUGCUAGGACCCUCUGUGGGUGACUGCGGCUCCAAAUAGAAGCGGAGCCAACCCUCCUUCCUGCACCACAAAGCUAGUUCAACAGCCCAGGAGUGGUCGAUUCCUACCCCAAUUGCCUAAAUAUCACACUGAUAACAUCUUCACUAAAUAACUCCAAUUGGAUUGCGAUCGUCGCCGCCAGAAAGGGCUUGGUGCUGUCCGAAAAUGCAAUUCAUGUCCCGCGUUGGCAACCUGGUCACGGCCGCUAAGCCUAAUGUAUGCGCUUAUCUCCUUCCUGUGGCCCGACGUGGUUCGCCGCCGUUUUCGUCCUCGCUGUCGGUUCGCAGCUCGGUAUCGACCGUCGUGGACCACCAUAACGGCAAUGGCACCGGCUAUGCAUUUCACCAUACAUCGUCCUUCAUUUUGGGCAGCCCUAGCGUCGGCGACCUAGAGGCCGACAACUGCAGGCGAGACCGCAACCACCAGCUCUCGACAGUCAGUACCACCAUUGGCGCUCCAUACUCUACCACAGCAAUUAACAGCAGUAACCUCACCUACAAGUACCCUCGUGUGCUGCUAAAGAUCAGCGGUGAGGCUCUGCAAGGCAAGCAGGGCUUUGGCGUCGACCCAUCCGUCCUCAACCACGUCGCGGAGGAAAUUGCCGAGGCGCACCGUUCAGGUCUGCAGCUUGCAGUCGUGGUGGGCGGUGGUAACUACUUCCGCGGAGCAACUGCGCCCAAGGGCAUGGACCGCGCGCAAGCGGAUUACGUCGGCAUGUUGGCCACGGUCAUGAACGCGCUGCUGCUGCAAGGCGCUUUGGAGAACCUCGGUAUCGAGUCACGAGUGCAAACCGCGAUAGAAAUGCGCGAGGUGGCGGAGCCCUAUAUACGCCGUCGGGCCAUCCGGCAUUUGGAGGAGCGACGAGUUGUCAUUUUUGGCGCGGGCACAGGCAACCCCUUCUUCACCACCGACACCGCCGCGGCGCUGCGUGCAGCUGAGAUGAAUGCCAACGUGUUCAUGAAGGCGACCAAGGUGGACGGAGUGUAUGACUGCGACCCCAUGAAGAACCGCAAUGCCAAGAAGUACGAAAAGUUGUCGUACCGCCAGGUCUGCAUAGAGAGCCUCAAAGUCAUGGACGAGACGGCCAUCACGCUGUGCAAGGAGAACGACAUCCCCGUGCUGGUCUUCAACGUCAUGGAGCGGGGCAACGUGGUGCGGGCGGCGCUGGGGCACAACGUGGGCACCGUGGUGGACGGCUGCGGCGCGGUGUGAGGAAGGAAGGCGGUGACGGGGCGAGCUUCAUGCGCAGGCGGGAGCACGAGAGGGUGCGGCAGAAGCGGCGUUGCGGGUUUGUUGCGAGCCGACGUGACUACACAGCUGAUGCUACAAAUGCAUGGAUGUGGGUGGAGGGAAGCUGCUAGGGCUGGCACUGGGUACAAACGUGGUGUGGGAAUUAAGUAAACUGUGCCGCAUGAAAGACUCCCACACGGCGGUGUGGGCACCCGCGAGCCGCCGUACAGCGUGGCCGGUGAUGUGGUUUGGUGUGUUACAGAGUGGAGCGGAGCGGAGUGGUGAGAGAGAGGAGUGUGGAGUGGGCGGUGGGCGGAUGGUGGUGGGUUGGGUUGUUGCCUGUGUGCUUACGAUGGGUCCACUGCAACCAGUUUCAGGAGGAGGGGUGGGUAAAAGCCUUGAGAGAGGAAGCUAAUGACACGCAUUACAUGUGUGUUUGUUCGAUAGUCAUGAAAACAAAUGAGGGGGCAUACGGAUGGGGAUGCGUGUGUGUGUGCAUGUAGGUGUAAGUAGUGAUUGUGUCACCUACAGUGUUGCCCUUUGGCUUAAUGUGCCCUAGGGUUGUUUGCUUAGUACGUGUCAUGUGUCUGAGUAUACUUGCUCGCAACCGGUGUAGCUUAACACAUUCUUUUUCUGUCCCUGCAAGCAGCGGGACAGGAUGUCGGGUUGACAUGUGGCGGCUGUGUUUCUCUUGAAGCCGUGCGUGCCCCCUACAGCGCCAAAGCCCCUGGUGCGGGGCCCUCACUCCUGCCGGGUGCCAUGCGUGGGUACCUGUGGCACCGCAUGGACGUGAUGCAUGUAACCGUUGG